AAUAUCGCCCCGACUGCCUCAACAACUGAUGUAUCGAUAACGAGGGAUCGUCAGUAUCGAAUUGAAUUCAAUCGAAUCCAGACCAAUAUUCAAACUGCGGGGCCAGUUCGAACCUCACGCCCACCGUAAGUACGUUCAGAAGUUUGGGUCGUAAAGUUUUUCCCCGUGACCAAGAUGGUCCUGUUGUCGGAAAUAUACUGCCCGGAACAGAUUGUAAUACCGGAAAACUUUAACAACGUGCUCAAAGUUUAUGCCAAAGCUGUCAUCCGUACACAGCCGUUUGAUUUAUUGCGCUGGUCCGCCGCUUACUUUCGAUGUUUGGACCUGGAGCGGACGCCACCGGUGAAGCCACGGUACGAACCGGAGCCGAAAAGGGGACGGCUCUCGUCCGGCGUCCUGAGGGUUUUAAUCGAUCAGCUCGGCAAAGGCUACUUUGUGCAGAAACGGAUACUGCAGGAAACGUGGCAAGGGCUGUGCCUGCCGGAAGACGAACUAUUGAACAUCCUGUCGCUGCUGCGGAUGCUGGACUGGUCCCACUUGCACUGGCUCAAGAUUGUGGCCGUCUUCAUUGGGCUGCUGAGUGACAGCCUGCCCCGGUCAGCCGAAAUGAUUUGCGAACUGUUGACGGAGGAACCGGAGGGUGGCCCCGCGCCGAUUCCACUGUGGAUGUUUAAGGAAUGCUUCCUGGCCGUGGCCCGACUCGAUUGCGGCUCAGUGCAAACAUUCGUCGAUGGCAGGAAGGUUUUAGACGGCGGUCAACUGGAGCAGAUAAAACCGAUGCCGGAGCUGCCGAAAGUUUUAUCAACAAUUUCAUUCAAAAACGCCAUCAUCGACAAGUACAAGAGCAUCAUGGGUCUGGACGUGCCUUCGUCCGUCCACUCGACCGGCGAUGGCGAAAUGUUUUCCACUGAAGAUCGCUUUUCGGAAAAAUCGGAUGUCCCUUCCCGGUUGGAUUCGGACUUUAAGUUCGUCGGAGAUGAAACCGACCCUUACGAAGUAGUGCGACGGGCACCGGAUUUUGAGAGUGUCAUUGUAUUACUGGGCGAGCUUCACGACGAUAAACUGAAACAGCAGUUGAGCUCCGUAAGCAUUUCGGAGGAAAAAUUAGAUCGUGCCAAAGAGCGUACUCAGCGUUUGGAGGAUCUCAAAGAAAGUCUUCCGGAAUACGAUUUUGAAAAACUGAUGGAAGCCGAGCGUUUGCAACUGCUCAAAGACAUGGGCCCUCCGUGGCUUCUGCUCUAUCUGUUUUCCAAAACUGCCAGUCGUGACCGUUCGUUCAACUACAUCGAGGAAACAUCUCUGGAGGACGAAGGUUCGGUUGCGGGCUACUCUAAUGACAGCUAUGAUCUACGAGGUGCUCAAAAGCUGGAACGUAGUCCAGAGCCAGACAUGAGUGACGACGAAGAUCACGAGGCUGGUGGUAGUGGGCGUCGUCAUUCAAGCUACUCAAUACCAGCCUCAGUGCGCUCUCGGAUGAGUUCGAUUUACUCCUCUUCAACUCGCAUUGCAAACGAGGUCCUUUCACGUAUCAUCUGCAUGGUUGAUGAAGCAAUCAUCGAUGGGGAAUGCGAGCUUUCGGUCCAUUCGAUUACUAGUUUUGUCGAGAAGAAGAGCUUGGAAGAAAGCAACAUCAGUGCACAUGAUUUUAACACACUUCGUGAAUUUUUAGUGGAGGCAGAGAAGAAAGAGUUGGAGGUGAAGGAUCUGAACGAGUUAUAUCACUUUUUCGUUGGUGAAAGCUUCAAAGCGACAGGGGAGAAUCAUGACGAACUAAGGAGAGAUCGUAGCCGGGAAAUAACUUCGAUUUUUCAAGCUAGCGGGAUAGAGGUUGACAACAACCUCCUGGAUGCUCAGAUAUCGGAAAAUAUGAUUCUCGGGUUGGUUCAAAAGGAACCGACAGCGCGGAGGGAAACUAUUCGACCGAUUCAAGUGGACGACAAAAAUGCGAAGCAUGAGGACAUUGAAAAGGAAGCCUCAACUGUUGAGCCAGAGUUACAGCCAGUGGUUGAAGUAGUUGAGGAAGAAGAAGCAGAUUCAGGAAGGGAAGCUGACGCUGCCCCAGAAGUUUCCACCCAGACGGAUCCGUUGAAUGUAAAAUGCCUGGAAUUGGCACGCCGGCGAUCGUUGACUAGAAGUGCUGACAUAAUGGUGGAAUACAGUUGCAGGAUGCCACCGUUUCCUGGAAUAGGGCCUCCGCUGGAAGAGGAUACCAUCGAAGCCUUUCUGGCUUAUUUGACAAAGCGAGCAGUUCAUCAGCAUGGGAUGAUUUAUCCGAGAAAUUUCCGUGAGCCUCCAUGCCCUAAAUUGGGACCUGUGGAAAAUGAGUCAAAGUAGGGGAAUGUGUUUAGUGUUGAAUGAUAAAUUAACGAAAACAUACAUAAAUAAUAACGACUUUCUAGUAUAAAACUUGAUGUCUGACAAAAAAGGAGCAAUAAAUUAGUGUUAUA